UCCAUUGUGGAGACAGAGUGCAUCCUGACACUUUUGCAUUUAUUUGCAUUUUUUUUUGCAUUGGUUUUGCAUUAUAAUUCCAUUGUGUGUCCUGAGUGCAUCCUGACACUUUUGCAUUUAUUUGCAUUAAUUUUGCAUUAUAAUUCCAUUGUGUGUCCUGAUGCUUUUGCAUUUACUAUUUGCAUUGCUUUUGCCGAACCAUUUCCCGCAGGCGGCACCAGCCGACCCCUCCUGGCAGAUGUCCCUGCAGCUUGUUCUUCCCCAGGCCAGGCUUUCCCAGGAAUGGUCUGCUCCAGCCUCCCCUCCUUGGGCACAAAGUGGUUUUUCCCAGCCCAUUCUCCUCCUCCUUUUCCCUUCCUUUUGGGCAUGGCUUUGUCUCUGCUGCAGGGAAAGCGGGCCAGGCAUGGGGUCCUUCCCCCCAAAUCAAGGCCCUGGUGUGCCACCAUGCGCAGUGCCAGCGGCUGAACCGAGCGUCCCCGCUGCACUUGUGCGAGGCCUGCGACGUGCGCUUCCACGGCGCCAUGCACUUUGACCGACACAUCCGCUUCGACCUGCCGCCACAAGGUCAGGACGAUGGGAGACGCAGUGGUUUUGGCUCGAUCCUGGCGCGCAACGUCUCCACGCGCUCCUGCCCGCCGCGCACCAGCCCGGCCUCGGACGUCGAGGAAGAAGGGGACGGCCCCGCCGAGGGGAAAGGAAAGAGCUCCGCUCUGAAGCUGCCCAAGAAGAAGGCCAGGAGGAGACACACCGACGAUCCCAGCAAGGAAUGCUUCACCUUGAAGUUCGAUUUCAGCCUCGACGUCGAGACGGAGAUCGUGCCGGCCAUGAAGAAGAAGGCGCUCGGAGAAGUCCUCCUCCCGGUGUUUGAGCGGAAGGGCAUCGACGUGGCCAAAGUGGACAUCUACCUUGACCAGUCCCACACCCCGCUCUCGCUCCACUUCGAGGCCUAUCGCUUUGGCGGUCACUACCUGCGGGUCAAAGCCAAGCCCGGGGAGGAGCUGAAGGUGGAGCAGGCGGUCAAGGACCUGCGGUCACUCAGCCUGCCCCUCCUGCGGCCGCUGCCCGGCCAGAGCCCCCCGCCUCUCCCUCCUGGAGCCCCUUCCUUGGACCGGACAGAGACGGCGGUCCCGCUCCGCAGGGAGAGCUCAGACAUCCUGGCCCCCGGGAGGCAGAGGAAGAACAUGACGGAGUUCCUGGGCGACGCCAGCAUCCCCGGGCAGGACCCCCUCGGCCCCCCCUGGACGGGCCCCGGACCCCCCAACGGGCACCUCGACACCUGGAAGAACCGGGCCGCCAGCCGAUUCAGUGGGCUCUUCGGGGCCGGGAGCAGCGCUGGAGGGACCUUCACACGGGAGAUGGACAAGCUGGAGCAGCUGGAGAGCCGCCUGCACAGCUUCAGCCUCUUUGGCCUGCCCAGGCCCACGCCGCCCCUGCGGAGCUUCGACCGGGACUCCUGGGAGGAGGAGGAAGAGGAAGAGGAAGAGGAAGAGGAAGGAGAGGACGAGGAGGACCAGGACCAGGAGGAGGAGGACACGCUCAGCCUGGAGGACAGCUGGCAGGACAUCAUCGAGGGCAGCGAGAACCUGACCCGGCGGCAGUGUCACCAGCAAGAGGCCAUCUGGGAGCUCCUCCACACCGAGGCCACCUACAUCAAGAAGCUCAAGCUCAUCACCGAUCUCUUCCUCUGCUGCCUUUUGAACUUGCAAGAAUCCGGGCUUCUCUGUGAGGUGGAUCCGGAGCGUCUCUUCAGCAACAUCCCGGAGAUCAUCGAUCUGCACCGGUCCCUGUGGCGGAGGGUCAUGGCCCCGAUUCUGGAGAAGGCCCGUUGCACGCGUGCCCCGCUGGACCCCAGGGACCUCCUGAAGGGCUUCAAGGCGUUCGGCUCCCACUUCCAGCCCUACCUGCGCUACUGCAUGGAAGAAGAGGGGUGCAUGGAGCACAUGCGCAACCUCCUGCGCGACAACGAGCUCUUCCGCUUCUACGUCACGUGGGCGGAGAAGCACAAGCAGUGCAACCGGCUGAAGCUCAGCGACAUGCUGGUGAAGCCCCACCAGCGCUUGACCAAGUACCCACUCCUGCUCAAGUCCGUGCUCAAGAAGACCGAGGAGCCACGCACACGCAACGCCAUCCUCACCAUGAUCAACUCGGUGGAGCGCUUCAUCAACCACGUCAACUCGCGCAUGCGCCAGCGGCAGGAGCGGCAGCGCCUGGCCUGCACCGUGGGGCGCAUCGAGGCCUACGAGGCCGUGGAGGGCAGCAACGACGAAGUGGACCGGAUCCUGAAGGAGUUCCUGCGCCUGGACCUGACGGGCCCGAUCCCGGGGGCGCCCGCGGAGGAGACCCGGCAGCUCCUGCUGGAAGGCGGCCUGAGGAUGAAGGAGGGCAAGGACAGCAAGGUGGACGUCCACUGCUUCCUCUUCACGGACCUCUUCCUCAUCACCAAGGCGGUCAAGAAGGCCGAGCGGGCCAAGGUCAUCCGGCCGCCCCUCCUGCUGGACAAGGCUGUCUGCCGCGCCCUCAGGGACCCCGGCUCCUUCCUGCUGAUCCACCUGAACGAGUUUGGGAGUGCGGUGGGGGCCUACACCUUCCAGGCCAGCGGUCAGUCCUCGUGCCGGACGUGGGUGGACGCCCUCGGCAACGCCCAGAACAAGCUGCAGCACCUGCGCCUGAAGGAGCACCAGCGCAGCAGCCAGCACUUGCACAGCCUGGAAGAGGAAGAGGAAGAGGAAGAGGAAGAGGAAGAGGAAGGGGACGCCUCGGGGGGAAGCUCCCCCACCCUCCUCCUCCGCAGGGGCUCCAACAGCCUCGACUCCCAGCAAAGCCUCUCUGACGACGGCUCCACCGAGACCCUCUCCGUCCUGUCCACGGCGGACCCCCUUGAGCCCCCCUCCCCGGCUUCUCCCGCUUUGGAGGAACCCCCUUCGGACGCCGCCGACUCCUCCUCCGCGACAACCACAGCUGCGGCCCCGACGGACCCCGUUCUGCCCCCGGACUCGUCCUCCUGCCGCUCGUCCUCGGUCGACAGCGCCUACGGGACCCUCUCGCCCACGUCCCUCGAGGAGUUUGCCCAGCAGCGGGAGGCGGUGGCGUCCAAGGAGGAGGGGGAUGCUCAGGCGGCGCCGUGCCAGCGCGUCCGCCGCCAGACGCCGGUCCAGCUCCUCCCGUCCAAGACCAAGGUGCUGAAGUCCAAGUCGGAGGCCAACCUCUUGCAGCUGGCCGAGGCCGCGGGGUCCUUGCAGACGGCCCAGAGCAGGAGCCUCUCCGAACUGUGCCCGGACCCCCCUCGGACUAAGGCAUCGCCUCAACGCUCCUCCUCCGACGGCAGCGGGUCGGAGGAGUCGGAAGCCGAGGAAGCACCGUCUCCGGGAGGCAUCGUGGGAGGGAGCCCUGACCACAAGGAAGGGCCCCCCGCGGCCCGCCGGACACUCUCGGACCCCCAGGCCGCCGGUCAGCACCGCAAGCUGACCCUGGCCCAGCUCUACCGCAUCCGCACCACACUCCUCCUCAACUCCACACUCACCGCCUCAGAAGUAUGAGACGUGGUUGCCCAUUGCGUCCAUCCGUGUGGACCGUGUUUACAUACGUGUGACUGCAUGCACCCACCCGCGCAUGGGGACCCGCGCAGCAUUGCACACGCCCCACAACGAGGAUUUCCAAGGCAUUCGUCUCUGUAUUUGCACUGGUCGGAACACGAGCCAAGAAGGUGACGCUGCGGCGGAAAAGCCCAACACCAUACUCGGCUGCAUCCAAAGGGAACAGAGUGUCCGGGGAAGUUGUUGAAUGGAAGUCUUAUCGGAGUACGAGCGAGAAUUGCUUCUGCCUGGGAUUACAUUGGAGCCUGCGUCCUUCUGUGGCCAUCUGUCGGGAGGGAUCGGAGGGUGUCUUCAUGGGGACAGACUAGAUGGCCUUUGGGGGAUCCCAACUCCAUAGAGUUCAAGGAUAAAUGCGUCAUGGAAUAUAAUUCAUCUCGAGGUCGCCUCGUCCGGGGCGGGAUGGCCAUCUGUCGGGAGGGAUCGGAGGGUGUCUUCAUGGGGACAGACUAGAUGGCCUUUGGGGGAUCCCAACUCCAUAGAGUUCAAGGAUAAAUGCGUCAUGGAAUAUAAUUCAUCUCGAGGUCGCCUCGUCCGGGGCGGGAUGGCCAUCUGUCGGGAGGGAUCGGAGGGUGUCUUCAUGGGGACAGACUAGAUGGCCUUUGGGGGAUCCCAACUCCAUAGAGUUCAAGGAUAAAUGCGUCAUGGAAUAUAAUUCAUCUCGAGGUCGCCUCGUCCGGGGCGGGAUGGCCAUCUGUCGGGAGGGAUCGGAGGGUGUCUUCAUGGGGACAGACUAGAUGGCCUUUGGGGGAUCCCAACUCCAUAGAGUUCAAGGAUAAAUGCGUCAUGGAAUAUAAUUCAUCUCGAGGUCGCCUCGUCCGGGGCGGGAUGGCCAUCUGUCGGGAGGGAUCGGAGGGUGUCUUCAUGGGGACAGACUAGAUGGCCUUUGGGGGAUCCCAACUCCAUAGAGUUCAAUGAUAAAUGCGUCAUGGAAUAUAAUUCGCCUCGAGGUCGCCUCGUCCGGGGCGGGAUGGCCAUCUGUCGGGAGGGAUCGGAGGGUGUCUUCAUGGGGACAGACUAGAUGGCCUUUGGGGGAUCCCAACUCCAUAGAGUUCAAGGAUAAAUGCGUCAUGGAAUAUAAUUCGCCUCGAGGUCGCCUCGUCCGGGGCGGGAUGGCCAUCUGUCGGGAGGGAUCGGAGGGUGUCUUCAUGGGGACAGACUAGAUGGCCUUUGGGGGAUCCCAACUCCAUAGAGUUCAAUGAUAAAUGCGUCAGGGAAUAUAAUUCGCCUCGAGGUCGCCUCGUCCGGGGCGGGAUGGCCAUCUGUCGGGAGGGAUCGGAGGGUGUCUUCAUGGGGACAGACUAGAUGGCCUUUGGGGGAUCCCAACUCCAUAGAGUUCAAGGAUAAAUGCGUCAGGGAAUAUAAUUCGCCUCGAGGUCGCCUCGUCCGGGGCGGGAUGGCCAUCUGUCGGGAGGGAUCGGAGGGGGUCUUCAUGGGGACAGACUAGAUGGCCUUUGGGGGAUCCCAACUCCAUAGAGUUCAAUGAUAAAUGCGUCAGGGAAUAUAAUUCGCCUCGAGGUCGCCUCGUCCGGGGCGGGAUGGCCAUCUGUCGGGAGGGAUCGGAGGGUGUCUUCAUGGGGACAGACUAGAUGGCCUUUGGGGGAUCCCAACUCCAUAGAGUUCAAGGAUAAAUGCGUCAGGGAAUAUAAUUCGCCUCGAGGUCGCCUCGUCCGGGGCGGGAUGGCCAUCUGUCGGGAGGGAUCGGAGGGGUGUCUUCAUGGGGACAGACUAGAUGGCCUUUGGGGGAUCCCAACUCCAUAGAGUUCAAGGAUAAAUGCGUCAUGGAAUAUAAUUCGCCUCGAGGUCGCCUCGUCCGGGGCGGGAUGGCCAUCUGUCGGGAGGGAUCGGAGGGGGUCUUCAUGGGGACAGACUAGAUGGCCUUUGGGGGAUCCCAACUCCAUAGAGUUCAAGGAUAAAUGCGUCAGGGAAUAUAAUUCGCCUCGAGGUCGCCUCGUCCGGGGCGGGAUGGCCAUCUGUCGGGAGGGAUCGGAGGGGGUCUUCAUGGGGACAGACUAGAUGGCCUUUGGGGGAUCCCAACUCCAUAGAGUUCAAUGAUAAAUGCGUCAUGGAAUAUAAUUCGCCUCGAGGUCGCCUCGUCCGGGGCGGGAUGGCCAUCUGUCGGGAGGGAUCGGAGGGGGUCUUCAUGGGGACAGACUAGAUGGCCUUUGGGGGAUCCCAACUCCAUAGAGUUCAAGGAUAAAUGCGUCAGGGAAUAUAAUUCGCCUCGAGGUCGCCUCGUCCGGGGCGGGAUGGCCAUCUGUCGGGAGGGAUCGGAGGGGGUCUUCAUGGGGACAGACUAGAUGGCCUUUGGGGGAUCCCAACUCCAUAGAGUUCAAGGAUAAAUGCGUCAUGGAAUAUAAUUCAUCUCGAGGUCGCCUCGUCCGGGGCGGGAUGGCCAUCUGUCGGGAGGGAUCGGAGGGUGUCUUCAUGGGGACAGACUAGAUGGCCUUUGGGGGAUCCCAACUCCAUAGAGUUCAAUGAUAAAUGCGUCAUGGAAUAUAAUUCAUCUCGAGGUCGCCUCGUCCGGGGCGGGAUGGCCAUCUGUCGGGAGGGAUCGGAGGGUGUCUUCAUGGGGACAGACUAGAUGGCCUUUGGGGGAUCCCAACUCCAUAGAGUUCAAUGAUAAAUGCGUCAUGGAAUAUAA